AUCCAAGAUUAGACUCUGCUUGCAUUCGUGGUUUGCAUAACCCGUGCGACUUGUUUAGAUGUAUGCAAAAUGUGAGGGGAAAACAAAAACGGACUCUUCAUUUGAAAGCAUUUCCUUUCAAAGUCAUUUUUAAGUUAAAGACAUUGAAAACCAUGAGGUCGUGUUCUUCAGCAAACAGUUUGUGCGCCUUCUUGGCGUGGAUUUAUCGGCUGUUGUGCUUUCGCAACUUCAAGCUGUGGUUUUGUAGACUACCCCUCCUAUGUGUCUGCGUUUUUCUCGUUUACUGGAAUUUCCUGAGAUUGACAUCACCAGAAGACUUGGACACAAUAUAUCAGAGGGCUGCUUUAGAAGCUGAACAGAGUUGGGUUGAAACACUUACAGCUGAAGAGGAGACGGUCUCUGCCUGCUCCUUAAGACACACCGUAAAGAAGGACGACAGCCUAAGAAAACGCUUUAAUUUCUUCGUGCCUCUCCUGCAGUGGCGAGAUUCUUUUAGUCCAACAGUUUGGCAAAAGCUCCAGAACGCAUCGCUGCCGUAUGGCUGGAAGGGAGAAGCUCAUAAAGUGAUCGGCAAGACUCUUUCUCUUCUUUGGCACUCGUCUACCAGUCGUCUGUUCGAGAGGAACACUUCACAUGAGUGUGUGCGUUGUGCUGUGGUGGGUAACGGGGGGAUCCUGCGAGGAUCGGGACAGGGAAAGGUCAUAGACAGUCACGACUAUGUUUUCAGGGUAAACGCGGCUAUAAUCAAGGGUUUUGAAGAUGAUGUUGGUACAAAGACAUCCUUCUAUGGCUUCACCACAAACUCUCUCAAGAACUCUUUCUUAGCUUAUCACAGGGAUGGAUUCAAGACAAUCCCACAUGACCCGGGCAUUCGAUACAUUGUUAUCCCCGCACAAACUCGUGACUAUGUGAUGCUGGCAGCUGCUAUCCAGGGUGUGUCUGUACCAUCAGGUAUUGAUGAAGGUGACAGGGCUUCUUUAGAGUCUGAAGAGAGUUGGACUGAAACUGACAGCAUUGGAGAGAAUACAGUACCUGCCUGCUCCCUGAGAAACACCGUAAACAAAGACAACAACAUGACAGAACACUUUAAGUUCACCGUGCCUGUCUUUCAGUGGCGAGGUUCUUUUAUUCAAUCAACCUUAGAAAAACUCCAGAACUCAACUCUGCCGUAUGGAUGGAAACAACUGGAUCACGAUGUGAUCGGCAAGACUCUUUCUCUUCUUUGGCACUCGUCUGCCAGUCGUCUGUUCGAGAGGAACACUUCACAUGAGUGUGUGCGUUGUGCUGUGGUGGGUAACGGGGGGAUCCUGAGAGGAUCGGGACAAGGGAAGGUCAUAGACAGUCACGACUAUGUUUUCAGGGUAAACGGGGCUAUAAUCACGGGUUUUGAGGAUGAUGUUGGGACAAAGACAUCCUUCUAUGGCUUCACCAUCAACUCGCUCAAGAACUCUCUUUUAGCUUAUCAAGAGGAUGGCUUCACCAAGGUGCCACGUUACCCGGGUAUCCGAUAUAUUUUUAUCCCUUCACAAACUCGUGACUAUGUGAUGGUGGCAGCUGCGAUUCAGGGUGUGCCUGUACCGUCAGGUAUUGAUGAAGGUGACAGCGGGGGAGGCGAGCAUCUUGGGGGUCCACGUCCGAGGAGUCCCAGCUAGAGCCAGCCGUGCCGUUUGCCUCUUUUCUUCAGCCAACCUCCAGGCGGGUGGCUCGGCUGAAGAAAAAGAGGCAGCGGCGGGCAGCGCGGACUCCACCCCAGCCGGUGCAGCCGGAGUCCAGUCCGGUGCAGCCAACGUCCAGUCCGGUGCAGCCGGCGUCCCAGCCGGUGAUCCAGCCGGCGUCCAGUCCGGUGCAGCCGGCGUCCCAGCCGGUGAUCCAGCCGGCAUUCCAGUCGGUAAUCCAGCCGGCAUCCAGUCCGGUGCAGCAGGCGUCCAGUCCGGUGCAGCCGGCAUCCCAGCCGGUGAUCAAGCCGGUGUCCAGUCCAGUGCAGCCGGCAUCCAGUCCGGUGCAGCCGGCAUCCAGUCCGGUGCAGCAGCCGGCGUCCAGUCCGGUGCAGCAGCCGAUGUCCAGUCCGGUGCAGCCGGCGUCCAGUCCGAUGUCUAGUCCGGUGUCCGGUCCGGUGCUGCCGGCGUCCAGUCCGGUGCCGUCGGCGCCCAGUCCUGUGUCCAGUCCGGUGCAGCCGGCAUCCAGUCCGGUGCAGCCAGAGUCCAUUCCGGUGUCCUGUCCUGCCCAGCCAGUGCAGCAGCCGGCGUCCCAGCCGGUGCAGCAGCCGGCCUUCCAGCAGGUGUAGCAGCCGGCAUCCCAGCCGGUGCAGCAGCCGGCCUUCCAGCCGGCCUUCCAGCCGGCGCCCAACCUUGUCUCGCCGACGUUCAAGUCGGCGGUUCGCCCCAGGGCUUCCCCCGUCAAGCCCCCCGGGGCUUCGCGCUUUCAAGCUCCGCCCCGGACUAAGACUGUUCCCCCCUCUCCCUACCCUCAUGGACUUCCACCCUUUGGACUGCCCCCAUGAGCCCUUGUUUAGCCCCUCCCCCCCUCCCAUGUUUGUUAUUUUUAUUAUCACAUCCUAAUCCUGUCGUUUUGUAUUCCUGUCUGCCCUUGAUAUUAUUUACCAUGUUUUGCCUUGUUUUGUCUGUCACCCAGUCUGUCUUGUCUCGUCCAUCUACCCCUUGGUGAGCACCUGGAGGUGCUCAUUAAAGGGGGGGCUUCUGUCAUGGUUCUGCCUCACUUAGUCAUGUUUUUCUUGGUCCUGUGGCAGAGCCAUGACAAAGCCUUUGGUUUUAUGUGAGAAAGCCAUGAGUUGUUGAUGUUUUUUACUUCUCAUGUGUUUUUCUCGUGUCUUGUCAUUAGCCCCGCCCCUCUCAUUUCAUGUAUCGCUUCCCUGCCGUGUCUAAUGUUUCCCACCUGCCCUCCUUGAUUACCCUUCAUUUGUCCUCCCUUUAAAAUGCCCUCAUGUUUCUUUAUCCUGUGCUCGUGCGUUGCGGUCUAUGUGUUCCAUGUCUCCUGAGCUCUCUUGGUUUUCACGCUCAUGUUCCUGUUUAGUUUCUCCGUCAAGUUUAGUAAGUUUUUGGUUUAGUUUUGUCCAGUGAUGUUUAGUGUUGUUUAGUGUAUAUCAGUCUUCGUCCUGUUCAUUUUCCUGUUUUGUUAAGUUUACCCCAUCGUGGGUUUUUGUUUUGUUUUUGUUAUUUAAUAAAUAUUCCCUUGGUGUUAA